ACCAAAAGAUCAAAAAAAAAAAAAAAAAAAAAGAAACUGGCCAUUGUGCCCUUCCAACUGGGCUGGAAGGAUGCAAAAAAGGCUUCACCUGGCCUGCCUCAAGGCUGGAUUUGGGCCCAUUUAUCAGGAAAAUGUGUCCCCAUUGAAGCUUAACAUCCCAAUAACCAGUCGAACGAGCGAGAAGAUAACUCCAUCUCUCAGAGGGGGUGGAUGGCUUUGGUGGCCAACACCGGAGGGUGCUUCACCUCUCUCCCUGCCCAUCUAAAACCAAGCCCGACCCAAAACAAACAGCGGCAGCCCAAGCCUCCGUCCACCUCCCCCAGGGCAUCAUCCUUCUCUCUUCCCUCCACCGCUGCUUCCCGCCAAGCCCCCACUCCCCAUUCGCCACUCUCCAAACAAAUCCACAACCUCUGCAGCGAAGGAAGCCUCCACGAUGCUCUCCUUCUCCUCACCCAAAACUCACCCGAAAAUUUCGACUUGGCACCCCAUGCCGAGGCCAUCGGCACCCUCCUCCAGGCCUGCAGCUCCAAUCGCGAGCUCGACGUCGGCCGACGGGUCCACGAGCUCAUCUCCUCGUCUAAAGAACUCAUGUCGAACGCCGUCCUUACCACCCGCCUCCUCACAAUGUACUCCAUGUGUGGCUCCCCUUCCGAUUCCCGCCACGUCUUCGAAGGCUUGGAACGGAGAAACCUCUUCCAGUGGAACGCCAUGAUCAGCGGCUACGCUCGAAACGAGCUCUGGGAUGCAGCUAUCGACCUUUUCUACCGACUCAUGUCGACCACCGACCUCAAGCCGGAUAAUUUCACCCUCCCCUGUGUUCUCAAAUCCUGCGGGGGGCUUCUGGAUGUGGAGAUGGGAAGGACCGUUCACGGAAUUGCCCUGAAGUUGGGAUUGGGUUCCGACACUUUCAUAAGCAACUCGUUGAUAUCCGUGUAUGGGAAGUGUGGUUUUAUUGAUGAUGCAGCUCAGGUGUUCGAAACGAUGUCUGCCAGAAAUUUGGUUUCCUGGAACACGAUGAUAUGCGGGCUUUCUGAGAAUGGAUCGCUGCAGGAGGGAUUUGAUUUCUUUAGAAAGAUGAUCUCGGUUGGUGAAGGAAGCAUGAGACCGGAUGAAGCGACAGUGGUGACGGUGCUGCCCAUGUGCGCAGGGGAAGGAUGGCUUGAGAUGGGGAGAGCGGUGCAUGGGUUGUCGGCGAAAUUAGGAUUGGUUCAUGAGCUGAGGGUAAGCAAUGCCUUGAUCGAUAUGUACGCAAAAUGCUGUUGCUUGUUUGAGGCACGGCGCCUCUUCGGUAGGACGCUCGGAAGAAAUGUCGUGUCUUGGAAUGCGAUGAUCGGCGGGUGUGCAAGGAAUGGCGAUGCUGAUGGAACCUUCCAUCUUCUGCGAGAAAUGUCAGUGGAGGAUGGCGUAAUGGCCAAUGAGGUUACUGUCUUGAAUGCCUUGCCAGCUUGUUUGGGGCCGUCCGAGCUACCGAAUGUGAAAGAGCUUCAUGGCUAUGCGAUCAGGAAUGAGUUGCAGACCGACGAUUUAGUGUCGAAUGCUCUUAUCGCGGCUUAUGCGAAGUGUGGGUCGCUGGAGUCUGCAGGGCAUGUUUUUAAUGGCAUGGAGAUGAAGACGGUCGGCUCGUGGAAUGCUUUGAUCGGCGGCUAUGCGCAGAAUGGAGACCCAAGAAAGGCAAUAGAUUUAUUCCUUCAGAUGGCGUCUCUGGGCGAAGAACCUGAUUGGUUUAGCAUUGGCAGCUUGCUUUUAGCUUGUGCCCGUUCGAAAGAUCUCCUCAACGGCAAGUCGAUUCACGGUUUUGUCCUGAGAAAUGGAUUGGAAAGGGAUUCAUUCAUUAAGAUCUCACUUCUCUCGCUUUACAUCCAAUGUGGCGAGACAUCGGCAUCGAGAGUGUUGUUUGAUGCGGUGGAGGAAAAAGAUCCAGUGUCUUGGAAUGCAAUGAUUGCUGGUUACUCGCAGAAUGGGCUGCCGGAGGAUUCGCUCAAGCUUUUCCGUCGGCUGCUACGAGAUGGAUACGAGCCUUCUAUGAUUGCAAUGACAGGAGCCUUCAUGGCUUGUGCCGAGCUAUCGGCCUUGCGGUUAGGAAGAGAGGCACAUGGUUUUGCUCUGAAAGCCAACGUCUCCGAGGACGCAUUUGUGGGCUGCUCGAUCAUAGACAUGUAUGCUAAAUGCGGUUCUAUAGAGCAGGCCUGCAGUUUCUUUAGCAAUUUGAAGAACAGGGAUGCCGUCUCGUGGACGGUGACGAUCACCGGCUAUGGCAUCAAUGGGUUUGGUGCUGAGGCCAUUAAUCUGUUCGAUGAAAUGCGGAGAGAGGGACUGAAGCCGGACGCUUUCACUUACGUCGGCAUCUUAUUGGCGUGCAGCCAUGCGGGAAUGGUGGAAGAGGGUCUGCGGUAUUUUGAGGAGAUGAAGAAUAAGGAUGGUGUGGAGCCAAAACUGGAGCACUAUGCUUGCGUCGCGGACAUGCUUGGCCGGGCUGGGCGAUUGGCUGAAGCGGCGAGGCUCGUCGAAGAGAUGCCGGUCGAGCCCGACUGCAGAAUAUGGGGCGCAUUGCUUGGUGCCUGCAGAAUCCAUGGAGAUGUAAGCUUGGGUGGGAAAGUUGCCGAGAAGCUUUUAGAAUUGGAGCCCGACAGAGCCGAGCACCAUGUCCUCGCUUCGAAUCUAUAUGCGAGCGCGGGGAGAUGGGAUGAUGCGAGGAGGGUAAGGAAGAGAAUGAAGGAGAUUGGCCUGCGCAAGGAUCCUGGUUGUAGCUGGAUAGAUGUGGGUGGCCGGGUCUAUAACUUUGUAGCAGGGGAUAACAGGCUUCCUGAAUCUGAAGAGAUUCGAAUGAUGUGGAGGUCUUUAGAGGAGAAGAUACGUGGGAUCGGAUACGUUCCUGAUACAGCUUCGGUGCUGCACGAGCUGGAAGAGGAGGAGAAGUUGGAAAUUUUGAGGGGCCAUAGCGAGAAGCAAGCCAUGGCUUUUGGGCUGCUGAAGACGAGUGGGGGCACAAAAGUGAGAGUGUGCAAGAACAUAAGAAUGUGCAGGGAUUGCCACGAAGCGGCCAAGCUGGUAGCGAGAGUAGCAGGGAGGGAGAUCGUGGUGAGAGACAACAAGCGGUUCCACCAUUUUAGAGAUGGCUUCUGUUCGUGUGGUGAUUUUUGGUAAUUCUUAUCCCCAGACUUUCCAGCUCUUCCUGGUUAUUCUACAAAUCCACAUAUAUACUCGGUAUGGGUUGUUGCUUGUGGUGUAACGGGCCAAGAAAGUAGUCGUAGGGCGCGGUCGAGGGCGGCGAUGGAGUGCCGGACCCGCGGACUCGAGAUCGGAAAGAAGGUAGGGCCCGCGGCGACGGGAGAUUCCUCUGCCGCCGGCGAGCCGGCGAGUGGGAGACUGAGGGAGUCCGGAAAACCGAGGAAGGGGAGGAUAGCAGGGAAGACGGGAAACCGCUUGAAUCCUUCGCGCCCGUUGACCGUCGGAACAUCCCCCUUUCGUUUUCAGAUGCGUGCUGGCGGAUGGAUGUGGAAUUUUUUUGGGGCGCUUUGAGAGCUGUGCCGUGGAUAAUCCAACGGUCGAUGGGCGUGAAGGAGGGAGGGUGUAUGAGUGUGUCCUUCUUGGCCUGGUAUGAUAAAUAAGAAGACAAGAAAAACAACUCUUCAGGAAA